AUGAAUUGUGCUUCUCAUCCUAAUACGAAGGUACUAUGUUCUCAAUAUGGUUAUGACGUUGAAGGGAGGAGGAGAGAACUAUUGAUAGGUGAUAGAAGUAGAAGGAAUGCAAGGUCUCAAGUGAGAAAUGACUCGAAGACGCAAAUUCUUGAGACAAAGGAAAAAACCAAGGGAAAUGUAUCACUUAAGGAGAUCUUUGUGGAAACAAGAACAAGGAAACCCGGGCGCUUGUACAAGGAGUCAAAUGAAGACACAACUAGUAAAAUUGCUGAAAUGGAGGAAAUUGAAACACAACUAAGCGCAGAUGGUAGUCAGCUUGUUGAUGCAUACUCAGCCGUUAUGGGUCCAGAACAUCCGGGACGUCUAAGACUAUAUGGACGGGGGGUUACAAAGACUUCUUUGAAAGGAAAAGCUGGAACUUUUGAACCAACUUCAAAUGCCACAAAUGAUGUAGUGCAAGAAAUGCAAGAAAGGAUCCAAAAAAUGGAGGAACAAAUGGAGGAACAAAAGAGAACUAUGCGAGCAGAAGUUACUGCAGAAGUUACUGCAGACAUUACUUCAAAAGUAAUUGAAAAACUCCAACGUGCAGGAUUAAUUAGUCCAGACAUGCUAGCAGCAUUGUGUGCGCCUUCACCGGGAGAAGCUACGUCUGCCCCACAAGUAGAUAGCAACAAUUAA